CAUCAUUCCUCAUAUUCUGACACAUAUAUAUCCUGCCCCAUGCAACCUACGAAAUCAUCAAAACAAGCAUUUUCCAUUUGCAAAAUAUAUAUCACUUACCAACUACCAUCAUUUGCUCUCUAUGGCUUCGGCUACUUCUACCUUCCUCGUCAAUAUUCUUGUGGUUGUGUCUUUGACUGCAGCAGCAUCUGCUGCCAGUGGUUUCAAUCAAAAUUUCGACAUCACUUGGGGAGAUGGUCGUGCCAAGAUUCUAAAGAACGGCCAGCUCCUCACCCUUUCCCUUGAUAAAACCUCCGGCUCAGGCUUCCAGUCUAAGAACCAAUACCUCUUUGGGAAGAUUGAUAUGCAAAUCAAGCUUGUUCCAGGGAACUCUGCUGGCACUGUAACUGCCUACUACUUAUCAUCCCAAGGACCUACCCAUGAUGAGGUAGACUUCGAAUUCUUGGGCAACGUCACUGGCCAGCCCUAUACUCUCCAUACAAACAUUUUCACAGAAGGGAAAGGUGGCCGAGAGCAGCAAUUCCGUCUCUGGUUCGACCCCACUACUGACUUUCACACCUAUUCCGUUCUCUGGAAUCCCCAAAGAAUCAUAUUUUCUGUUGAUGGUACACCUAUCAGAGAAUAUAAAAACUUGGAAUCCGUUGGAGUCCUUUUCCCAAAGAAGCAGGCAAUGAGAAUAUACUCGAGCCUCUGGGACGCUGAAGACUGGGCAACGCAAGGUGGGCGGAUCAAGACAGACUGGAACAAGGCUCCAUUUAUGGCUUCUUACAGAAACUUCAAUGCAAAUGCUUGUGUUUGGUCCAAUGGUAAAUCAUCAUGCCGUGGGUCUGGCUCAAUCUCUGCCUGGAUGAACCAACAGCUUGAUAACACAAACCAGCAAAGGCUGCGAUGGGUGCAGAAGAACUUCAUGAUAUACAACUACUGCACUGAUACACAAAGGUUCCCUCAGGGUCUUCCUAAGGAAUGCAAAGUAAACAAUUAAAAAACUAAACUUUGUACAAUACUUUUUUUUGCUAGUGCAUUUUUUUCUAUAUUUAUUCAUGUUUGUACAAAAGUUUUCACAUAAUAGAUAAGUUUGUAUUCAUAGUGGUAAA